CUAGAUCUGUCAAUCUGUCAUUCACUCAUUGCACAAUUUGUAGAAAAAUUUUGUUGAGGUUAUAGGGAAGAUUUUGCCACAGAAGUUAUUAUUUACUGUGAAACUAUCUAAUAAUGGCGCAAAGUAAGCUAAACGAUAUGGCUGGAAAAUUUGCAAAGGGUGGCCCGCCUGGCCUUGGUAUUGGUUUGAAAGUAGCUGCGGUACUUGGUGCGGCGGCCUACGGCGUCUCCCAAUCAGUAUUCACCGUGGAGGGUGGUCAUCGUGCUAUCAUGUUCAAUAGGAUAGGAGGAAUUCAAAAUCACGUAAUGACUGAAGGCAUGCAUUUCCGUAUUCCAUGGUUCCAGUACCCCAUUAUUUAUGAUAUAAGAUCCCGCCCCAGAAAAAUUUCCUCCCCCACCGGAUCGAAAGACUUGCAAAUGGUCAACAUUUCACUUCGAAUAUUGUCACGCCCCGACUCUGCCAGCCUUCCAACCAUGUACAGACAACUUGGUAUUGAUUAUGAUGAAAAAGUUUUGCCAUCAAUUUGUAAUGAAGUUUUAAAGUCUGUUGUUGCUAAAUUUAACGCUUCUCAACUGAUUACACAGCGUCAGCAAGUUUCUCUGCUUAUAAGAAGAGAGCUAGUGGAACGCGCAGCUGAUUUCAACAUUAUCUUAGAUGAUGUAUCUCUGACUGAAUUGAGUUUUGGAAAGGAGUAUACUGCUGCUGUAGAAGCUAAGCAAGUAGCACAGCAAGAAGCUCAAAGAGCCGCUUUCGUUGUUGAAAGGGCUAAGCAAGAGCGUCAACAAAAAAUUGUACAAGCUGAGGGUGAAGCAGAAGCCGCUGAGAUGUUGGGAAAAGCCAUGGGAAUGAGCCCAGGUUACCUUAAACUUCGUAAAAUCCGAGCAGCACAGAGUAUCUCCAGAAUGAUUGCACAGUCUCAAAAUAGGGUAUUCCUGCCUGGUAACAGCUUGAUGAUUAACCUUCAAGACCCAUCCUUUGAUGAUCUUUCAGAGAAACUUACUAAGAAGAAGUAACAUGAGGCUUUGAAAGAGUAUGCAACAGAAUUGGAUCCUACUCUUUCUAUAAAUGAUGCCUAUUUUGUAAGUGGUACUGCUUCAGCAACUAUGCAAUAAACAAUGUAUUUGUGCAUUUGUUAAGAGUGUAUAAGGGUUCCAUUUUAUUUUCCUGCAUUUCAUGUUAUUUAGUUGUAGAUAUUGAAGUAAUUAUGUAAAUCAUUAUGAUUAUACCAAGGUAGUAAAAAA